ACAGUGAUGUGUGUUGUCUUUCAAGGGUCUGAAAGAAAGAAAUAUGCGACCCACUCACAAAACAGAUUCAUGAUGUAUGAGUGAUAAUCAACGUCUAUGCUUUUAUUACAUUUCAAUUGUGUAUUCAUUUUACUGAUUAAAACAAGGAUGAGCAAAAAUAAGUGCUGAACAGUCAUGAGCUCCCAUGACUCCCACCACUAACAAAUAUUUUUGACCAAAAUCAUGGUUUUGUUUGUUCUCUUGCAGCAUGCCUAUGUGACGCAGAUUACAGACAAGUUCUGCAAAAUGACCACAGACAUCACCGGCCGUCUUCCACUCAAUGUCUAUGUCAUCAUUCUUGGGAUUGGCCUCUUCAUCUUCAUGUUGAGCAUGAUCUUCUGUUGCUACCUGUUCAGAUUGAGGCGACAAGGCACACAAGAACAAUAUGGAUAUAAUGAGGUCAUUCUAAAAGGUCCAGGGAAAAAAUUGAGUCUUCUUGGACAGACCUGUGCAGUUUGCCUGGAAGAGUUUCGGAGCCGGGAUGAACUAGGGGUUUGCCCGUGUUCUCAUGCCUUCCACAAAAAGUGUCUGGUGAAGUGGCUGGAAAUUCGCAGCGUCUGCCCCAUGUGCAACAAGCCCAUCUGCAGGCUCCAGCCAGACCCUCCGCAGGGGGCAGAGGGGCCCCAGAACCCCCUGGAAGUGUGACAGAAGAGGGACGACACUGCUCAGAGAUAGACAGCCUCUCAUACACUUAAGAACAGCGUUAAAAAACACCACACUACUGGGGUGGGUGGACUAGUCCCAAAUACACAACAACCGCCCCUGUCCACCAAUCACCAGAUUUCUCCUGCAUAGAUGGGGGGAGGGAGGGGAAGCGGGAUUUUCCCAGUAGAACUGAACUGAUGUGCCGUAUUCUUGGUCAUAAUGUAGCUUGCAGCAAGAUAAAUUAAUGCCUUGUGGACUCCAAACAGACAAAUAUUCAGACCAGGACAGUUGCACACAACAUGAGGUCUGAACUGACACUGGGCAAUAUGUGUGAAUUUAAGGAAGUCCUCCUCUGAGAUAGACUGUGGUCACUAUUAUUACCAUAAAGGGUCAUGUUUAGGAAGGCCCAGUUACAGAAUCCAAAGUGAGGAGCAGCUCACUGGCUGACCUUAAGGAUCUGUGAGCUCAUCGGAUGUUACUCUUGCCAAUAUUUUGAUGUUUGACACUCAUAAAUGUGUUUGUUUAGAGUCACGUAGGUGUUCUGAGUGCUAAAGGUAGCUCAGAACCCACACUGUAAUGCAGAACCCUCAGAGUCAGAUUGGAUGAAAUUUGGCCUAAUUUACUGUAAGUUAUUGAAGGUGGAUGUUUUGUACUAUAUAUUGCUCUCAAUAAAAGUUUCUGU